AUGGGGGAGUUAUCUGUAGAGAAUGGGUACAGGGACGUUCUCACCCUCGUCGACCCUUCGUCCACACUGACCUUCCUGGAGCUGAGCGCCGGAGGAUCCACCCUGGGCCGCCUUCACGUCCUUCUCGCCCCUGAGACCGCCCGCGCCAAGAACUUCGCCCUCCUGUGCACCGGCGAAAAGCACCACUCCUACGCCAACACCAGCCUCCUGUGGGCCAGGCACAAGGGCCAGGCCAUGGAGGGCGUCUGGGGAGGCGACUACGAGAUGGACGACGGCGAAGGAGGCGCCGCUUUAGUCAGGGGCCUCACGACCGGAGGGGAGUACGAACGCCCUUGGACAGCGGGUACUGUCGAGGGGCUCUGGUGGAAAGGGGACGCCCAGGGGGCGCAGUUCUUGAUCUACACCCGCGACAACCCCGGGAAGGUUUGCGAGAGAGCCUUCGGGGUGGUCGAAAGAGGCCUGGGGGUCCUGGUCAGGGCGAUCAACCGCUACCCAGACAUCAAGCAAGUCAAGGUCUCCGACUGCGGGUUGGUCAUCCACUGCUCUGCUACCCAUUGAUGGGGCGGGGGGCGUCGCCCCUCGGGGUGGCGAGCCCCUCUCUCCCGCGUCUGAACGAAGUUACAGUAGGGUAUUUGUGCAGAAAACUUUUUUUUUUUAUCUUCUUUUUUUUUUUUUGGUUUUUGUAGAGAGGAAAUCAGAAGUCCAUUUUUGGUGUUCAAUCUCAUAGCGAGUCUUAGCUGAAACGUAGCAGUUUAAUAACGGCGGCUGGCGACGACUGCUACCGACGAAGGCGGCACCGAAGGCAGUAGCUUUUCUUAGUGGGUGGCGGAGGAGAAGGACGACAGACGCAUGACGGAACAUAUCAGAGUUCGAAGGCUGAAGAAGGCUAUACAGCUCUCUGUACAGUUGGUGAUAGCGGCUCAUUUCAGUUCUGAAGGUGAUGGCACAAAUUCGUUCUGAGGCGCUGAUAGCAGUGGUCGGCCAGCCGAAGAUAGAUGCGUCGGGGAAAUAGACACAAACAAAACAAACAAGCAAACCGUUCCUUCCUUCGAAUGUGGUUCAAGUCCGCUGUUUUCUUUUCCAAUCCGUGACGUCACUGUCGUUCUACCGCAGAUGACACCUUCAUCAUCAGCCUGAUACUGCCUGAGUCGUGUUUUUCGUUCCAUGGCGUCAUAAGUAUAUGCAUCGUUAUGCGCUCUGUUAUAUACCAUGUCCAAAAAAACAUAUAAAAAAAUAAAAAUAAGAUUAAAAUAGGUAAGUGACUAACAUAAAUAACCCCCUUCUUCCAUAUCUCUUCAACUUUAAUCAUCAAUCGUCAAGAUUAACGAAAUGCUGCCAAUUCUUACUUAGUCCCAUCCGUAGUAGAAGAUAAUGUUUGGUAAAGAGUCUAAACUUAGAAUCAAAAGGUCAAAUUCUCAGAUUAAAAAUUAAAAUAAAUUCUUCCUUAGCAGUUGGUUCUCAUAUUUCAAUUUUAGAGUAAUGUUCCUCAGUAAUUUUGUUAUGUAACAUUAAUAAAAAUUUCAGUGUAAG